AUGGCCAGUCCGACAUCUCAGCGCGUGCCCAAAGCAUGCGAUGCCUGCAAUCGCCGUAAAGUCCGUUGUAAUGGCCAACACCGCUGCCAACAAUGUGAACACCUGGAUCUCCUCUGCACCUACACAGAGAAUCACUCGGCGCGAUCAAGAAAACAUGCUCUCCGCCGAGGUACAGUGAUAUCAAAAUACAAAAGUGGCACACCCAAAUCCACAACUCGGACACCACUACUGCCCCUGACGACCUCCCGCCUACCAACCUCCCGCCUACCAACCUCAUACUUCUCAAGUCUUCUCCCAGACUACAUGACCUACGUAUACCCCUUCAGCCCAAUAAUAACCGACACGGAAGUCCGCCACUCAAUCAGCAAAAUGGACACGGAAAGAGAACAUGCAGCUUUCGUCUACGCCUUUACUGCAGUAACACUGGACCUAACACGCGCAUCUCAAUCUCAAUCCACACUAACACCCUCAACGUCAACCUCAACCCAAAUCACCGAACUACUACGCCAAUCCGUCGAAACCCAACAACCCCUCGUAAUAGGCUUCCGUCCCUCAAUCCUACGCGCCAUGACAAGCAUCUUCAUCCAAAUGUGCGCCAUGAGCCUAGGCCAAUACGACCUAGGCUUCUUCUACCUCCGCGAAGCAAUAAGCAUGAUCCAAAUCCUAGGCGUAGACAAAGCAAGCACCCUCUCCGACCUGGACAUAACAGAGCGCGCCCGCCGCCAACGUCUCUACUGGCAAUGUUUCAUCCAUGAGCGCUUCAUGUCGAUAGUAUACUUCUCGCCGGUGACGCUCCCGCCACACGCGCAGUUCCCCGAGGAAGAUCCGCUUUCUGUUGAGCUUGGGCUGGGCAGUGGGAUUCAGCAGGGCUGGACGCAGGUUAUCAAGACUUUUUGUAUGCUUGAUGCCUCGUUUAUUAGUCUUUGGAUCGGGGAUCGGUCGCGGGUUACAGCUUCUUGGGUUGAGGCGAAACAUCGUGAGCUUGAUGAUGCGUUGUGGGAACUUGAGGUUUCGACGUUGUCUGAGUUGCAGCAGGCUGAUCUUGUUGUUACGAGGCAAUGGAUGCGCACUUUGUUGUGGCAGAUGGCUAUGUCGAAUUGUUUGUUGUCUAGUCAUGCUUCUUGUCCUUCUUUGGAGCUUGAGAUGCCAUUGCAGUUGUCUAGUCAGCUGAGAAGGUUUUUGACGAAGAUCUCGCAGAAUACUAUUCGCGUGCAUGGCUCGUCGAUGAUUAGCAAGUUGUUGGAGAUUAUUAAUACUAUUGCUGAUGUGGUUAUUCAUGUUCCGCAGGCCACGCGUGAGGAGACCACUUGUCGCAUUGAUGAUAUUGUUUUCAUGCAGGGGGUUGUUCUUUCCUUUCAUAAUUUGCAGGUUAUGUCGAAGAAUAUUCUGUUGGAUAAGUUUCGGGUGAUUCGGGCGAGGUUCUCGCAUAUCGAGGUUGCUUCGCAGUUGGCUGUUUAG